GUGCGCCUGGCAUUAUGGGUAAAUUUUAGUGUACUCAUUGUAUUAGUUUAGCAAUCAACACCUGCUGACCAGUUUCCCAUUUCAACAGCAAAAUGAAUUUCGAUGAAUUUCUCAAGAUACUUGGCGAGUUCGGUACGUACCAACAACGCAGAUACGCUUUGAUAUGCAUGAUAACUUUCUACUCAGUAUUAUCCACAUUGGGCAUAGUAUUUUACGGGGCCGAACCAGAACACCAUUGUAAAAUACCUGCGGCACAGGUAGAACACGUGACUAGGCUGUAUGGAAAUGUUACACGUGAAGAGCUUUUAGAGCUGUUUGUACCGUACACAAAGGAAGGAAAGCGCAGUGGUUGUGAACUGUAUCGCGUUGACGAAAAGUACCUGAAUUCUACACUUCCUACAUUGCCAAAUAGCAGUUUCUCGUCCGCCCCACCUGACGAAAAUAGAGUUCUAAAUGGAAGAAUGAUAACAUUUAAUGAUUCAGUUAAAUCGGUCUUUCAUAUCCCCUGGAAUCAAGCUUCUGGAGAGAAGAGGGAAACUUAUAACUGCCCCGGACAAAGAGUAUACAGCAAGAACAUCUAUGAAUCUACCAUUGUUUCUGAGUUUGAUCUUGCGUGUGAGAACGCAUGGCAAACCGACACCUGCAGUUCGGUUUUCUACGUCUUUAAACCGCUGGCAAUGCUGGUGACGGGAUUGCUGUCAGACAGAUUCGGACGUCGCCCUGUAUUCCUGAUUGGCAUUAUAAUACUGGUGGCGUCGGGGAUUUCAUCGGCGUUUGCUCCGAAUAUGUCGGCGUUUUGUGUCCUUUACGUCAUCUAG